UUUGAUCCAUUUUUAAUCCCCUUUCGCUUGACUUUUCAACUCUUGCAUCUUCCACUGGCAUUGACUUGGCGAGUCUUGCAUCUUCCCCUGGCAUUCACUUCUGAUCAAUUUUUUAUCUGAUAUUCUAAGAUCCAACUUCGGGAGGUGAUUCAAAUGGAGCGAGAGAUCUCUUGCCGUAGCAUCGACAGUGAGCGAGAGAGGGAGGCGACGGCCCCCAGCUCGUCUGUGAGAAAGCUGGGGUUGGUCUCUUCACCGCCUUCUCCGUCCCCGCUGUCGCUGCCCUCUCCGUCGCCGCGGCCGCCUCCUCCAUCCCUGCCUCCGCCUCCGCCUCCGCCCUCGCUGCCUCCGUCAUCAUCGCGGUCGCCGUCAUCCAUCUCUACCUCAUCAAGAAACAAUUACGAAGUGUUCUUGAGUUUUAGAUGUCCCGAUACUCCCAAGGGAUUUGCAGAUUGCCUCUACACCAGCCUGAUUAAUGCAAGGAUCAUUGUCUUUAGAGACGAUAAUGAACUUCAUCCUGGAGAUAAUAUCCCUGAUGCAUUGGUUCAAUCCAUAAAGCAAUCCAAGAUAUCAAUACCUAUUAUUGAUUAUGCAUCCAGUAAGAGUUGUCUCAUGGAAUUGGCAAAAAUGGUGGAAUGCAACGAAGUAGACGGUCAAUUGAUCGUGCCCAUUUUCUAUGAUAUUGACCCCGCUGAUUUAAAACACCAACGUGGAUGUGUUGGGGAGUCCUUCAGUAAGCACGAGAGCCGUGGAAUUAACCGCGAGGUCAUUAAAAAAUGGAAGGAGGCUCUCGAAAAGAUUACUGUGACGAAGGGUCAUGAUCUGCGGAAUACAGAAAUUGGUCAUGGUGCACUCAUAGAGAGAGUUGUUUCGGAUAUUCUAGAGUGGUUGAAGAAGAAUGAUUUAGAUGUGACUGACAGUUUAGUGGACAUGGAACCCCGCGUACGGGAGGUUAUGAAAAAGCUUGGUGUCAUCUAUGUCAAUGAGCAGGCAACUGGAGUAUAUGACAAAGAUGUACGUGUACUUGGGAUACAUGGCACGCCGGGGAUUGGCAAGACUACCCUUGCAAAGGCUGUGUACAACAAAAUCCAUCGUCUCUUUCAACGUUGUAGUUUUCUUUCAAUUAUUGGAGAAAAUGCUGCAUCCAAUGGACUCAUCAUGGGCCUCCAAGAACAGUUAAUCUCAGACCUCCGAAGGAAAGAACGUAGAAGGCUAGGAACUCUUGACGAAGGGACUAACGUCAUAAAAACUUCAUUUAGGGAAAUGAAAGUUCUCAUUCUCCUUGAUGGUGUGUAUAGUUCUGACCAAAUCAAGCAUUUAGUUAGGGAAUUCAAAUGGUUCGGACCAGGAAGCAGGAUUCUCAUGACAGUUAGAGAAAUUGACGUUCUUGAUGGUUACCGAGAUGGAGUGGCUGAUAAGUAUGAGGUUGGAGAAAUGGGGCCUGCUCAAGCUCUUCAACUUUUCCGCAUGCAUGCUUUUCGUGAGUGUACUCACGAAGAGGAGGAUGAGUAUGAUUCUCUGUCCAGCGACAUUGUUGGCAUUAUUGGAGGUAUUCCAUUUGCUAUUGAAGUAACAGCUUCAUUCUUGCAUAAGAAUAAGGGGGAAAGACAAAUAUGGCAACAUACAUUGGAUACCUUAAGAAGGAGGCCAGAAGAUAAAUUUCAAAAAGUGAUCCAGUUAAGCUAUGACUCUUUGCAAGACGAGACGAAAGAGAUAUUUCUCGAUAUAGCAUGUUUUUUCAUUGGAACGGAUCACAGAAUUCCCCCGUACAUGUGGUGUGCACGUAACUAUGAUCCAAGUGGAAUCUUGACUCUCUGUAACAUGGGUUUAGUCAAAAUAGGAGAAAACAAUGAAUUAUUGAUGCAUAAUCAACUAAGAGAGUGUGGCAGGGAAACUGUUAGGACGCAAGAUCCCCUCGAGCCUCGAAACCGAAAUAGGUUAUGGAAUCACAUUGAUGCACUUUCCACGUUUAAUGGAGAGCAGAGUCCUAGUAGGGUGGAAGCCCUUGGUCUCACAUUUGACGGGGGACAAAGUGAAUGUUUUAGAUGUGAAAGAUUUAGCGAUCUAGGGUGCUUGAGGUUCUUGAGAUUGGAUAGGGCUACUGUUGGAGGGAGUUCUUGGGAUGUAUUCGGCUAUCUAGGGCGCUUGCGUUUGCAGAUAUUGGACCCGGCCACUAUUGCAGGGAGUUCUCAGAAUGUUCUUUCAAAAUUAAGGUGGCUUGAUUGGCAAGGGUGCAGCCACAUCUCUGAACUACUUAUUUUCCAUUUAGAGAAACUGGUCAUUCUUGAUCUAUCUCGCAGUAAGGUCACUGGAGGUUCACAAGAAUGGGAACGAAUCCUGAAGGAGGCAAAGGAAUUGAAAGUUUUGAACCUCAGUAGCUGUUGUGACCUGAAUGCUUUUCCAGACUUCCGUGCUUCGAUGUACUUAGAGAGAUUAGUCCUGGAGCGUUGUUCGGCACUCUCCCAAAUUGGUCCAUUGAUAGGUAAUCUAAAGAACUUAGUCUCCUUAAAUCUUAAGUUCUGCACAUUCGUCAGCGCCUUGCCGCAAGAACUGUGUCAUAUGAAAGAUUUGGAAGAACUUCUGAUUGAUGGAACUGCCAUUAAGAGGAUUGGUUUCGAACUAGCCUCCAUGAAGAAACUUAAGAUUCUGAGCGCUUGCCAAUGUGGAAGUUUGGCUCAUGUAUCACCCUCUAUUGGUCACUUGGAAUCUCUUGAGCAUCUUCGAUUGGAUGGUGCCGCUAUUGAACGCCUACCAGAAUCUAUUAAGUCCUUAAAGAAACUUCGGAGCCUGCUUCUAGGAAAUUGUCAGAAUUUACUUGAGCUUCCUGGUUCCAUUGGGAAUCUUGAGUCCCUGGAAGUCAUGGAUCUAUCCAGCACCAAGAUUGCUAGUUUAUCUAGGUCUGUCAAGCAUUUGAAAAAUUUGAAAGUGCUGAAGAUGGAGAAUACACACUUAGAAAAAUUCCCCAAAGAUAUAAAAAAUCUAGAAAAGCUGGAAGAGAUAGAUCUUUCAAAAUGCUGGAAUCUGAAGGGGUGGAUUAUCUGGGAUGUUAGAGGAUUAUCCUCUUUGAAAAUCUUGAGAUUAUCAUCUACCAAGAUUUCUGGCCUACCCUGGACCCUUCCAUUGCUCUCUGAUCUCCAACAAUUAGAUUUAAGUGAAUGUGACCAACGUUGGGAUUUGCAAAGACUUCCAUCUGGUUUAAGCAUUCUUCGCUGGGGAUCCAAAAAAAUGCGGACGGUGCCAGACCUUUCUUUCUUAAGAAACUUGAAAGAGCUGUACUUGGGUGAUAACUUUGAUCCAACUGAUCCAAUGCAGAAUUCUUCCUCUGAGCCACCAGAAAUUGGAUGGUUAACAAGACUAGCGAAUCUAGAAAUCUUGGAGUUGUGCCUCUCAAACAUCACCAAGCCACCUGAACAUUUUAAUAAACUUCAACUUAGAAAACUUGUUUUGCACCACGCAAAAUUGCGUGACCUCGGAGAGCUACCCUCUAGCUUAUCGGUAUUGUGCCUCCAGCGCCGUGUGAUUCAAUAUUCACAAUUUUCUACGGUGAGAGGUCUAUCUGAAUUAGAACUCGAAAACUGUCUCCUGGCAGAGACUGUCAGUCUUGAUAAUUUGAGGUGGUUGGAACUUCUGAAAAUAUCCCACUACUAUGUGCGAACACUUGAUGGGCUGGAAAAUUUGCCUCGUUUUAGAAGGCUCACUUUAGACGACUGCCCUUCAUUGACCGGAUUACCUGAUCGAACAAAUCGUACAUUCGAAAUCGAUGGGUAUAGUUUCCCAGAAGAACAAAUAGUCGGCAGUUAUGUUGCUCGCACCUAGGGUCAGAAUAUUGUGGGAAUGCUUCAAGAAUGAUUCCGACUUAUGAGUGAAGAUCUUGCUGCACAACGGAUCUUCGGUCUAUCUUCAAUGACAAGUCAGAGGCUUUUCUGGAAGAAGAAGUUUGGGACAGAUUUACUAGCAAUUUAUCGGGUGGGCUGGGAUGGAUACUCAAUAUCAGAACGAUACUUGGUGGAGGAGGAGAGACGGCUGGCUCUUUUGUUUGAAUGGGAGAUUUGUGGCCUUGAAGUCCGGGGGAUGCAAGUGGAGAAGAUAAGCCGAUGGGACUCGAGUGCGGAUGCGUGGAGUCUCAUACUGCUCCUUCCCUUUUGGGCUGAGGCUUGAAAGAUUGACAGGGGAGUUGCAGCUGCAGUGUUGCAGAGUUUGACUCUCAAUCUGGGACGAUGUCGGUAACUUUAAAGUAGCAAUAAUAGCGCAUUUCCCCUACCCGUGUGUCGGGUGUUGCAACGAGCGUCAAAUGGGUAAUCAUCGUCUCAUAUCUGUUCUAAUCAGUACACCGAUCCCGAGUCCGUAUUCUGCAACUUCCAUCAGGCACUGCAUUUUUCCAUCAAACAUUGUUUUGCUUCAUUGUCCGCUGUGCUCGUGCUCUCU